GGUCUAAAUAUGUGUAACGAUGUAAAAUUGAAUUCUUGUCAAGGAUGACAAAAAUUCGAUUUAAUCCCGCCUUAUUCAUAUGAACUCCAGCUUGAACUCUAUCGGAAAUGGUUCCGCGCAUGCUCGUCCCGGUUAACAAAAACAAAAAUGUCGGAAAAUAGCAAAUCUAACCGUGGAAGAAAGCGAUCUUUAACGGAUUCUGCAAGAAAGAGGAAUAGAACAGCUGUAUCAUCUAGAUGGAACAAAAGUAGAAUUUACAUAGGUGAUCAGUUUGAACGCUGGAAUGAAUUGAAGGAUGUAUUGCGUGUGCAAACGCAUGCCGAAGUGGCGAGAAUUUUGAUGGACAAUUAUCAUGCCAAUAAUACAGUUCAAGCAGUCAGUAUAGAGCAACAGAACCCCCCAAAUCUUGAAAUGGAAAAUGAAACUUUGCCUGUAGUUUCAAUGCCUUCUGCAUCAACCUCAACACCUGGACCAGUCCAUUCUCUGUUUCACACCCCAUGUGAUGUUUCAGACAUAUCUUCAGCUGGAGAGAACAAAAGAGAAUCGGAUAUGUCUGGUAUUGAGGAAAUCUGUAGUGAAAAGAAAAAAACAAUGGAAAAGUCUACUUCCUUCAUCAAUCCUUUUGACCUUACAAUUGAUGAGGAUGAGGCAUGCAUGAUGGACGAGGAUUCGUCUGGUGAAGAAUUUGAGCCAAGUUUUAAUUUUACACUGAGACACAAUAAUGCAGAUCAUCUUCCGGUAGAGGAUUCAGAUGAUGAGUCGGAUGAAUAUGGUGAUGACCCUGCAGAUGCAACAGAGACCGAUUUUGACAUCAACCGCAUAAAGAGCAUUAAUGAUUUGGAUUCCCUGACGAAUGACCAUCCUCUCAUGGUCUACCAGCAACCCCUGUUAGAUUUGGCCAACACACAGAUCUGUUCACUUUGCAAAGUUUGCAAUGCAAAUAUCAGUGUAGCUGUGGAGAUUGUUGCUUCAGCGACAUAUCUUAAAUGGGUCUGUGAAAGUGGUCAUGUUGUCAAUAGGUGGUGUUCACAGCCCCUUCUAAACAGAAGAAUGCAUGCCGGAGAUUUAGUUUUUGCUUCUGCCAUCCUGUUGUCCGGCAACAAUUUCCAGAAAAUAACAACUCUGGCUAAAUUCAUGAAACUUCCAAUACUGAGCUCCUCAACCUUUCACAGAAUUCAGAAGACUUACCUUGUCCCAUCAAUUGACCGAUUUUGGAUCCAGAAGCAGGAGGAUACUUUAAGAGAAUUUGAGAACACCGAUGUAAUUGUUUUAGGUGAUGGACGUAUGGACAGUCCAGGUCACUGUGCGCAGUACUGUUCGUACACGUUUAUGGAGUACACCACCAAGAAGAUAUUAUGCAUCACAACAAUGGAUAAGAGAAGUACCGACCGGAAAAGCACCAACCUUGAGAAGGCUUGCUUCCUGAAAGGGAUGAAAUUUUUUAAAGAUAAAGGCAUAAAAGUUGUGGAGGUGGUGACAGAUGCACAUGUCCAAAUAGCUUCAGUAAUGAAAAAAGAAUUCCCUGAAAUUAAGCAUUCUUUUGAUGUCUGGCAUGGAACAAAGAACUUAGGAAAGAAACUCACAAAGAUAAGUCAAGAGAAAGAAAAUAAAGAAUUACUUGUAUGGAUCAAAGAUAUUGUCAACCAUUACUGGCACACUGCAGAAGUUGCUACCACCAGUGAAGAGUUCCUCGAUGUUUGGUAUGGUGUACUUCACCAUGUUGUCAAUGAACACCAGUGGUUUGUGCCAUUUGCCAACUCUUCAUUUACCAACGGUUGCCAGCAUGGACCAUUGGAAGAUGGAACACAGUCAAAGGAGUAUUUAAAGAAAGGGUCCCCACCACACAAUGAGCUGAGAAAAAUUGUUAUGAACAAGCGCCUGGUUAACAACAUACCAUACUACCUAAACUGUCGGAGCACAUCAGAGUUAGAAAACUUUCAGAAUCUUAUUCUAAUGUAUGCCUCCAAGAGACACUCUUACAGUCCACCAGUGUAUCGAGCAAGGAACAGGUUGGCAGCUAUAGACCAUAAUGCCCAUGCAGAACGAGAAGUGAUGAAGAACAGAGAUGGUUCUUUAAGGUGGCAGAGAAGUUACAACAAGAAAACUUCCAGAUGGUCUGUUCACCCUGUGAAGGAGGAAAAAAAUUACGAUUACAUUCAAGACCUCAUUAGACAAGUUCUCUGCACCAGAAUAGAAGAUGGCAUAGGAAUGAACCGACGUCUUGAGUUGGAGGAAGAUGAUCCACGGCGGAUAUCUGCACAUUUGGCACCUGUACCACCCCCACCAACAAGAGACAUUGUGGCUACCCAGAUAUCUAGAUUUGAAAAUCUAAAUAAGACAAUAGACUACUGGACUGCCGAGGGGCAUUAAAGUUUUUUUUAUCUUUAAAUACUGUAAAUUCAGAAUUUAUUUUGAGGGUUAUUAUUAUUGCAAAUGAUGCGACUGGGUGAGUAUUGCAAUAAUAACAACUCUCUUUCUGAAAUCUGACACAUAUAUGUGUUUGCUACUAUUCCUGUACAAAUAGCAAUAAUUAAAGUUCUUAUCAUCUUUAAAUACUGUAAUUUCAAAAUUUAUUUAUCUCUCGUUCUGAAAUCAGCUUUUCCUGUAUAAAUAGCAAUAAUUAUUUUCACAUUUUGGUCAUGUUGAAAUCUCAAUAAUAAAUGUAAUUUCUGAAUUAACAAUGUUCUAGUAUUGUUUAAAGACACAAUCAUGUUUAUAUUUGUAGGUGGCAGUUAUCUGCAUAUUUGGGACUGGUACUAUCCAACAAGAAGAGACAUUCAUUGUGGCGACUACUGGACUGCUGAGGGGCAAUAAAAUAUUAUAACUUUGAAAAA